AUGGAGACGGAGAGUAUGGACUGCGAAUCGUCGGUGAGAAGCAUCCAGAACGAUGAGAUCCAUCACACCGGAACUUACCAUUUUUCUUCGACGAAGAGUCACGCCGGAGCCGCCGCCGCCGUUGUUACCAAUAUAGUCGGUCCCACUGCAACCGCUCCGGCCACUAGCGUCUACGAGCUUCUCGAGUGCCCUGUCUGUACCUAUUCUAUGUAUCCCCCUAUCCAUCAGUGCCAUAAUGGACACACGUUGUGCUCGACCUGUAAAGUGAGGGUGCAUAACCGGUGUCCAACGUGUAGGCAAGAGCUUGGGGAUAUAAGAUGUUUAGCGCUUGAGAAAGUAGCCGAGUCGCUUGAGCUUCCCUGCAAGUACUACAAUCUUGGGUGCCCUGAGAUAUUUCCUUACUACAGCAAACUAAAGCACGAGUCUCUCUGCAACUUCAGACCUUACAGUUGUCCUUACGCUGGCUCGGAGUGUGGUAUCGUUGGAGAUAUCCCUUUCCUUGUAGCCCAUCUGAGAGAUGAUCACAAAGUUGACAUGCACGCUGGUUCCACUUUCAACCACCGUUACGUCAAAUCCAAUCCUCGUGAAGUAGAGAACGCCACUUGGAUGUUAACUGUAUUUCAUUGCUUUGGGCAAUACUUCUGCCUGCAUUUUGAGGCGUUCCAGCUGGGGAUGGGUCCGGUGUACAUGGCGUUCCUGAGAUUCAUGGGGGACGAGGAAGAAGCAAGGAGCUACAGCUACAGCUUAGAAGUUGGAGGCAGUGGGAGGAAGCUGACAUGGGAAGGAACGCCGAGAAGCAUCAGAGAUAGCCACAGGAAAGUGAGAGACAGCAACGACGGUCUCAUCAUACAAAGAAACAUGGCGCUCUUCUUCUCCGGUGGAGACAGGAAAGAGCUUAAACUUAGAGUCACUGGUAAAAUCUGGAAAGAGCAACACAGCCCAGAUUCUGGGCUUUGUAUACCAAACCUAUCUUCCUCCUGA